UUAAACCGGCGAAAAACGGGGCUGAGUCAACAUCUCCUCUCUUCCUUCUUUCCCAUCUCCUUUCCUUGCCUUGCCUUGUUUCGCCCUUCUCCCGUCUCCCGUCUCCCUCUGUCAUUUUCAUUUAUAUUACUUUUGUACAUUUCUGUUUUGAAAUACAGCUCAUUCCUUAUAACACCGACGGAUUUAUAUGUAACUGUCUCUGUUUCCCAGAUUUCCUUCUUUUCGGACUCGCUUACUCUUAAGCUUCGAUUUGCGCGAAAUUUGAAGCGCCAGUGAGGUAGGAGGAGUUCUUGUUCGUGAUUUCUAUACGUAUAGUGUACUUAUAUGUGAUCCAGAACCGUGGGAGAUUACGUAGAUCCGGAUCACGAGUAAAACAAAACAAAAAUGAGUGAGAACCGCAAGUUUCAGCUCGGGACAGUAGGUGCUUUGAGUUUAUCGGUGGUCUCCUCGGUGUCCAUUGUUAUAUGCAACAAGGCUCUUAUCAGCACUCUCGGUUUCACCUUUGCCACAACUUUGACAAGCUGGCAUCUCCUGGUCACAUUUUGUUCUCUUCAUGUGGCCUUAUGGAUGAAAUUGUUUGAGCACAAGCCUUUUGAUGCAAGAGCUGUCAUGGGAUUUGGUAUAUUAAAUGGGAUAUCCAUUGGGCUUUUGAAUCUUAGUUUGGGUUUCAAUUCUGUUGGUUUUUACCAGAUGACAAAACUGGCAAUUAUUCCCUGCACUGUUCUUUUGGAGACCCUUUUCUUCAGGAAGAGAUUCAGUAGGAAUAUCCAGCUUUCACUGGCCAUUCUUCUUUUGGGUGUUGGAAUUGCGACUGUGACUGAUCUUCAGCUCAAUCUCCUGGGUUCUGUCCUUUCUCUUCUGGCUGUUAUUACUACGUGCGUAGCUCAAAUUAUGACUAAUACCAUUCAGAAGAAGUUCAAAGUAUCUUCCACCCAACUUCUCUACCAGUCUUGCCCUUAUCAGGCGAUAACUUUGUUUAUCAUUGGCCCAUUUCUGGAUGGGCUUUUGACUAACCAGAAUGUUUUUGCUUUCAAGUAUACUCCUCAAGUGCUGUUCUUCAUUGUUCUGUCCUGCCUGAUAUCUGUCUCUGUCAACUUCAGUACAUUUCUGGUAAUUGGAAAGACAUCCCCGGUCACCUAUCAGGUCCUAGGACAUCUGAAAACAUGCCUUGUUUUGGCGUUUGGUUAUGUUCUGCUUCGUGAUCCAUUUAGUUGGCGUAACAUUUUGGGGAUCUUGAUUGCUGUACUCGGAAUGGUCCUUUAUUCAUAUUAUUGUACUAGUGAGACCCAGCAGCAGAAGGCUAGUGAAGCAUCAGCACAAUUGCCACAGGUAAAGGAAAGUGAAUCUGAUCCUCUGAUUAGCGUGGAGAAUGGAAGUGGGAUCUUGAGUGAUGGUGUUGGUCCAAAAGCUCCUGUAUGGAGUUCAAACAAAGACCUGCAUGCAUAAAAUGAUGGUAAUGUUAAAGUCAUUGGUCCUAGAUGGAAAACGUAGUAAUGAAAACUGUUCCGGCGAUGAAGAUGUUGCUGGUAAGGGUGGGCUAAGUGUUGUGCAGCAACGGAUGGGGUAAUUUGGAGAUGAAAACUUAUAUAGAAUAUUAGCUUGGAAAGUGGAAGGAAAUGCCUAAUGAUAUACCAGUUUUGGUUAUUGGUAGUGGAAUCAGGAAUUUAGGAUUCAGGCGUGGGGAAUGGAAUUGCAUACCAGAAUUUGAUUUGUUACAUGUAUAAUGGUCCUAGACACCGAACAAUUUUUCCUAGCAGUUGUUUCUGGUUAAAAAUAUUCUAUAUUUUUGAAGCAAUUAAGGCGUAUUUUAUUGAUAUUCAGAAUGUACCUUCCUUUCAUUAA